AUGGACAUGUUUCGUGAUACCUUCGUCGACUUAACAGGGUCUCUCCUUGACAGAUUAUUCGAAAAAGGAUGUGCUGACAAGCAACACGCUCUGAGGACGGUAAAUGCUGAACACAUAUUAAGGGAACCCAACAUAUUCCGACGAGAUGUCUGUACAGAUGCUUUCGGAACGGGAUGGUCAUCAAAUACUUGCACACCUGGGAACACACUCUGCUGUGUCAAGGACAAUGCAUCGAUGCCGACAUGUUCUCAGCACCUGGGCAUUGGCUGGUGUUGUACAGCAGAAGGAGGCUGCUACGCUGACUUGAGCUCUUCGUGUGGACAACCUGGAGCGGUAAGCUGCACCGAAUUGGGAGAGGGAGUUGACGAGGCCUGCUGCCCAAGAUACACCACCUGUGCGAAAGGCUACAACGCAACCGAGUCUUUCGUUCGUUGUGAUAUCCGAUCCACAUCACUAGCAGAUAUAGCUGCGUCUUCAACGGCCUUGAGUGGUGCUUCAACCCAGACGAGUACUUCAAGUGUCGCGAGCUCGACCAGCUCAUCCUCAACGACAUCAACCAGCAUUUCAGUCAGUACAUCGACAGAUUCGUCCACUACUACAUCAGCAUCAUCGUCGAGCGCGACACUUCCAAGCACAUCUUCGGUAGUCAUGACACCCACUCCCAACGCAUUACCAAAAGCAGAGCCGUCACAGAACGUAUCGUCCAGCUCUUCCACAACACCAUCCUCACAACCCACCGGCAUAUUACUCUCCACCGGCGAGAUCGCCGGAAUCGUGGUUGCGUCAGCGGGUGGUGUUCUGCUCUUGGUGGCCUUGAGUUGGGUACUGCGUAGGCGUAGUCGCUCUAGGAGAAAGAAGUUUGCAAUGCCGACAACACCGAUGACCCCUUCAUUCAGUAGAGAUUCGAAACGUGCGAGUCCGAUCAUGCUUCAAUCGCAACACGGAUUCUCGGAGUUGUCCGCAAGUGCUGAUCCUGUUGAGCUGCAGAGUACAAGAUGGAGUCGUAAGCAGGUUCGACCUAAUAAGCAUGUUUCUGUUGCUGGAACAUGGGAGUUGGGCAGUUGAGCAGAGAGCGACCAGACAGUCUUCAUCUUACUAGUUUUUAGGCGUGAGCGUUGGCGGAGGCAUGUAUUCAAGCAGUAGUCGCAAUGUCAAACAAUAUCAUCCACAAGUCUUCAGGCUUUAGUAACGUUUAAUGACGAUGUCACCAUUGUCU